AUGGAGAGGGAUUACUCUGUCGAACAAUUCAAUCAGAUAAAAUGGACCUCGGACGAUCAAACCAGUGGUUUGGGGAAAGUAAAAUCAUAUGCAUGUACCUUCUGCAAGCGAGGCUUCUCGAAUGCACAAGCUCUAGGGGGACACAUGAACAUUCAUCGAAGAGAUCGAGCCCGGAUCAGACAGUACUUGGAAGUCCAAAACCAACUCUCUUCGAAUGAUGCGAAGGGCACAUCAACUGUUGCUCAUCAUGAUUCGCCUCGUUCUAAUAAUUCCGAGGCAAAAACUUUUUUGCAAUUCCAAAGGGAGGCCGGAACCAGUACGGUCCUAGGAAAGCCUUCAUACCCUUUCACUACUAGAUCAGAAGACCAUGAGCUCGUGGUUCGUACCGAGGAAAAGAUGAGUAGUUUGGAAGAUGUUCAACCGCAGCUUCAGCUUCCUUUGUUUUCCGAAGAACCAGUAUCAGCAAGUAACAAUUUAGUAGGGCAUACAAAUGGCGGAGGAGGUGAGGAGUUAGACUUGGAGCUCCGGCUAGGACCUGAGCCACCCGUGAUAAAUUCGAGCACCAGAGAAUUCUUUUCAGCGAAUCUACGGUGA